AUGGCGUCACCGGUUGUAAGAACCCUUGCAAACAUGUUGUUGACAGGGACAGAAAAAUUGGAACCCGAACGCAGAAAAUAUCACAGAUUAGUGGACAACGAUGAUCGCCUCCUGUUUUGCAUUGGUCGAUGUUGCUUACGAGCAGUUUUUGUUUAUGUUUUGAUUGAUGAAUUUGCUACUGUGGAUAUGUGA